UACCAUUUUUGUACAGUACGAUACUGCAACUAAUUAUUCAUCAUUUAUUAUCCUCACCUAUUAUUUUGGCAAUAUAUAGCUUCAGCAUUUCCAAGCCAAAUUUCGACGAAGACUAUUACUGCUCCUAAAAAAGACCAAGCAAAUUCUACAAACCAAGAAAGAAAAACCUAAAAUGGUUUCAUCACAGUUCCUCGAAUUCUCACCCGAAUCAUCGUCCAUGACAACGGGUUCUUCAGUUUCGUGGGUUGAUGGAUUUAUCUUGGAUCAAAAAUCGUUGCCUUUCAAUGAAAACGAUUCCGAAGAAAUGUUAUUGUUUAAUGUUUUAGCCGAAGCCGAUCAUAUUAAGCAAGAAAUAGUGGAAGAAGACGAUAGUAAGCUAGAUGAAGAGAUUAAUAAAACGAAGGAAAAAGUUUAUAGAGGUGUUAGAAGAAGACCGUGGGGAAAAUUCGCAGCGGAAAUAAGAGAUUCUACUAGAAACGGAGUUCGAGUUUGGCUUGGAACAUUCGAUAGUGCCGAAGCAGCUGCUUUAGCUUAUGAUCAAGCUGCAUUUUCUAUCAGAGGAUCCAUGGCCGUUCUUAAUUUUUCUGCUGAACGUGUACGUGAUUCAUUGAAAGAUAUCAAACAUGGUUUCCAAGACGGGUCUUCACCGGUUUUAGCUCUUAAAAAGUCUCACUCUUUGAAGAAGAAAAAAAGGAGCAAUAGUAAGAAAAACAAAACAAGAUCAUCGAGAUCAUUACCGUCGUCAUCGUCGUCGUCAUCGUCAUCCAUACAUGGCAACUUGGUUGAGUUUGAGGAUUUAGGAACUGAAUUUCUGGACGAACUCUUAAGUUCUUAUCAAAGUUGCAGUACAUGUAGUUCUACUAAUUUAUCUUCUUGAAUACCCUCAUUAAUCUUACCCUAGCUAGUUAAAAAAUGGAUUUAGAGGGAAUUAUUGAUUUUGUAAAUUAUAUACUACAAGUUGAGAGAUAAAAGUGUUUGAAUUAUUAUUGUUAGUGGAAGAACUCCAUUAUUAGUCUCCAAA